AUGCCGAGCCGGCUGCCAUCGUGGCACGAGACCAUCAAACUCCUGCUCCUCUUUACUGGCCUCAACCACCAGGCAACAGGCUCACUGCUCGAGAGUCUCAUCUCCAAGCGGACUGAGUACUGGGAGAACUGCAACCGAACCCUGACAGAGAUAGUUUUUCAAAGAAAUGGAAACUUCUGUAAAGGAGCAUUUGACAUGUUUGUCUGCUGGCCUCAUUCAUCUCCUGGGAAUGUGUCCGUCCCCUGUCCUUCCUUCUUACCGUGGAUUACCGAGGGUGGCACCAGGAGGGCGUAUCGCGAAUGCUUAGCAAAUGGCAGCUGGCGACAGAUGGAGAACUCCUCCGAUCCCUGGCGAGAUGACUCUGAAUGUGUGGAGGACCAUUUCUUUAAAGACAAGGAGGAGGAAAUGCUUCGGCAGACUGCACUUAGACUCAUCUCUGUCAUCGGCUACUCCCUGUCCCUGUUCUCCCUCAUUCUGGCCACUCUCCUCAUGGGCAUGCUGAGGAAGCUUCAUUGUACUCGGAACUAUAUCCACAUGAAUCUGUUUGUGUCAUUUAUCCUGAGAGCUGUGGCCAUUGUUUCAAAAGAAAUCAUACUGCACAUUAUGUAUUCCAACCUACCCAAGGAUGACCCUGGAUGGACUUCCUACCCGAGCUCUGCGAUAGUGUUAAUGUGCAGGUUCUCCAAAGUGUGCAUGGAGUACUUUGUGGCCUGCAACUACUUUUGGCUCCUGGUGGAGGCCAUCUUCCUUCACACGCUGCUCUUCACUGCAGUGCUUACCAAAAGGUGCUUGCUGAAGAAAUACAUGCUGCUAGGUUGGGGAACUCCUGUGUUGUUUGUGACGCCAUGGGCAGUGGUCAAGAUGUUGUAUGAAAACAUAGGGUGUUGGUCCAUCAUGAAUAGAUGGUUCUGGUGGAUCAUUAGAGGCCCAAUUACUUUAUCAGUGCUGAUCAUUUUCUUCAUUUUCAUCAAGAUACUGAUGUUGUUGUUGUCAAAGCUGAAAGCAGAUCAGGUGAAAUUCACAGACUACAGAUACAGUUUAGCCAGGGCGACGCUGGUGCUGAUUCCCCUGCUGGGGAUCCAUGAAGUGGUGUUCACGGUGCUGAUCGAUGAAUGUGUGGAGGGCAGCAGUCGCUACGCUCGGAAUUUCAUCAACCUCACCCUCAGCUCCUUCCAGGGCUUCUUGGUUGCUGUUCUGUACUGUUUUGCCAACGGAGAGGUCCAAGCUGAAUUAAAGAAGCGCUGGCAGCUUUUUUUGUUCACCAAUCACUUCAAGGCCCAAAGCUGUUUUUCGGGCGUGGACCUGAAGCAUCUGUGGAAACGUUCUCGAGGGCGACACCCACAGCGCUCCCAGAGGUGCGUCUCCUACAACAUCGGCAGCACUUUGGCACCUCACCCCCAACUUCUCCAAGUGACUGUGCACGGAGGCGUAGGGGUGCUUGGACCAGGAGAAGCGAAAGGUUCGGGGCUAAAGGGCUACGAUGCUUCAGGGCUGGACUUUCUUACUAGAAAAAGUCUUUCUAGCAGUGAUGGAGAGAUAACGGGAGAGACCAUGGAGGAGAUUCUGGAAGAAAGCCAAUUCUGA